GCCCAAAUGAACUUUCAUUUUCGAUUUUCAUGCUCUGAACAUUCAAAAUGACGUUGUAUGGUGUGACAGUGCUGUGUACACUCCUCUUUAUAUGCAAGACUUCUCUUGGUCUGUCUGAUAAUGAUCAUAUAACCUUGAAAUGCAUUGCUGAGAAAAUGACAAACUGCAGUGUGUUACAAUUUGAAUGCACAAAAUCAGAUGACCAGUGUUGUAAAUCACACAAGGAAUGUGGACUCACCAAGGAUUUCGUAAAUGAGGUGCUUGGUAAUAUUCUCUGUGUCCUCAAUAGUGAAAUGAAAUGUACGUUUCAUAUUUCUCAUAUGCGACAUCUGGCUAAAAACAAUACAUGUAAAAAGAUGGAAAUCAGAAAGGGAGAAGACCGCAAUGAGUACCAUUGUAAAUUCUCUGUCAGUGAUGACAAAUGUUUAAUGAAGACAGAAAUAGAAGAGCUGUAUACUUGCAUGCCGAAAGAGAAAAAUAAAACACGCUCAGAGAAAGUUGAGGGAGAUACCACACCCCCAGCAUGCACUGAUACUUGCAAUGAGUUACCAUGGCAGAUAGCAUUUGCACUUGCACCUGCACUUGCACUUGCACUUGGAAUUUAUUUUGUUGUAAUGGUAAAGCGGAAUAAUUCAGACAGGGAGGCCAAUACAAAUGACGGCCAGGUAAACAUCCCCCUUAAUAAUAGGCAGUCGUGACCGGAAGAUUGCCUGUUCGAUUCUCAGGGCCGACGGUAACAACUGGUGCUCUUGAGCAAGCCACCAUACCCAUACUUGUUCCCCGGGGGCUGCAGUGAUAGCUGCCCACUUGCUGUGCGUGUGUUCACACAUAUGGGUCACCAUACCUGACAAACAGGUCACUUUCAAUCAACAGUGCGCAACAUCAAACAUGUUUUCGUCUAGAAAAUUACUGUUAUUAUUGUUCUUGUUUGGCCAUAUUUAAACCAGAAUUGGACUUGAGCAAAGUUUUUAUGGAGUUUUUUCAAAAUUCAAUCCUCUUUGAUUGAACUAAAAAUAAUUAUUUUGUAAUCAAAAAUAAAAAUUUGCUGAAAAAUUA